AUGACAUCAUUGCAACGUUUGACCGCUACAGCAUACAACUUGCUGAACGACAUGGACACCAAUGUGGACCCGUGCGACGACUUCUACGCCUUCGCGUGUGGUGCGUUCACCGAGCGCACAGUCAUUCCGGACGAGAGGUCGUCCGUCACGAGCUUCUACCUCUUGGGCAACGAAAUCGAGAUCAAGAUGAGGAAGCUAAUCGACACGCCAGUCUCAACUGAUGACACUUCAGCCACGGUCCUGCUUAAGAAAUACUUCAACAGCUGCAUGAAUAAAGAGACCAUCGAAAAGCGAGGCCUGCAGCCGCUUCACGACAUCUUGGCCAAGAUGGGAGGAUGGCCUGUGCUAAACGGCUCGGCAUGGGACGAUGCUGCCUUCCAUUGGACGGAGGCCGUGUAUCGGAACCGGAAGUUGGGGUACUCACAGAAUGACAUAUUUUGGUUUGGCAUCCUACACGACUUAAAAGACCCCACAAGGAACAUCAUCAGCCUUUUUGACCCGGCUUUGGGCUUCGAAAGGGCAUCGCUCAUCAGAGGUUUCAAUGACUCAGAUGUGCAGGCCUACUACGGCUACAUGGUAGACAUGGCCGUUCUGCUGGGAGCCGAACCAGGCAUCGCCAAACAAGACAUGGAAGCUGCGCUUCACUUUAAAAUGCAGCUCGCCAACAUGUCGCUGGCGAAAGAGGAACUUCGCGACGUUUUCAAACUUUACCACAAGAUGACUCUCGACGAGUUGAGCCUGUUGGCACCUACCAUUCCCUGGGUGACCUACGCCAAUAAACUAUUGGAAGACGUCGGACACCAGCUUUCUGUUUGUCGGCCGACAGUUGAACACCUAACGAGACAAAGUGUUGGCUCAGGCAGACCCGUCGAGGGCUGGUGCUGUAGUCCUCCAUAUUUACCGGCUGAGCAUCUGGCUGUAUUGCGAAUUGUACAACAUAGUUACAUGUUGUAUCGGAGAAAUGAGCGGCCUUGUUUACGUGGGGGAGAGCCCGCUCGUCUUCGCUGCCCUCUCCGAGAGCCCGCCCAUCCUCGCUGUCCUCCACCGCGCGCUCCUUUUACCAACAGGGUACAGGCCAACUACCUUCUUUGGCGUGUGGUGGAGGCGUCCGUGAGCCAGCUGAACCUGGCCUCCCGUGACGCGCGCCUCAAGCUCUUCGGUCAGGUGUACGGCACCACCGAGCACGGGCCCCGCUGGAAGCAGUGCCUCGACGACAUCAUGCACCGCUUUGGAAUCCCAGUAGGAUCACUGUAUGUGAAAAAUCACUUCGACCAAGACUCGAAGACGGCGGUCCUGAAGCUGGUGUCUGAUAUACACAAGGAGUUCGAUGCGAUGCUGCUGGAGGCUGCCUGGAUAGACCGUAUCACGAGGCAGCGAGCAAUUCAGAAAUCGAAGGCCAUGACCUAUUACAUAGCUUACCCAAAUGAACUGCUUAACGACACGAUGGUAAGCGAGCUCUACGAAGAUCUGCAGCUCACCGACGACGACUUCUUCAAAAACAUGCUGGACAGUAACAUUUUCAACACCAACUACUUCUACAGCAAACUACGUGAGCACGCCGACAAGAACGACUGGCGAGAAUUCGGCGAAAUCACAGCUGUCAACGCCUUUGCGAAAUCGACGAACGGCAUCACGUUCCCCGCGGGUAUUUUACAAGGCACUUUCUACAGCAAUGACAGGCCUAAGUACAUGAACUACGGAGCCAUCGGAUUCUUGAUCGGUCACGAAAUAACCCACUUGUUCGACGACAAGGGCCGCCAGUUUAACGCCGAGGGCAAGCUCCAGGAAUGGUGGGAGCCGGAGACGCGCAGCCGCUUCCUGGACAGCGUCCAAUGCAUCAUCGAUCAGUACGGCAACAUCACCGUCGACAGGGUCAACAUGCAGGUAAACGGCAUCCUAACCCAGGGCGAGAACAUCGCCGACAACGGCGGCAUACGUAUGGCGCGCCGCGCCUACGACCGCUACCAGAGCAGUGAGGGGCGCGAGCCGGCGCUGCCCGGCCUGCAGCAGUACACCAGCGAGCAGAUGUUCUGGCUGGGUACCGUCAACACCUGGUGCGCCGUCUACAGGGAGGAAGGGCUCCGGCAGGUGAUGCGCUCCAGCAACCACGCGCCCUCGUUUGUGCGUAUGAACACGGCGAUCAAAAACACCGAACAGUUCGCGCGUGACUGGCAGUGCCCGGCCGGCUCGCGCAUGAACCCCGUGGACGGCUGCCGUGUCUGGUGAGCGAUCGCGAUGUUGUUAGUUUUUCAGGCCGCCGCUAGAGUACCAUCCACGGCUGUGUACCCAUUCAAGGAAGGAUACAUUUAGGUUGAGUGUAAUGAGGAUAACGUGCGAACGUUCUUCUGUGUUCAGAACACCGCAGAGGAAAUGCGACGUCUGAGGAACUUUUCGUCAAUCUUUUACGACCAGGCGACCCUGUCUACUGGCGUAGCGACAGAUGGACACAGCACGCAUGAUCACGGAUAUCAGGUAUCUUUCCACUUGAGACUGAUGAUGGAACGCGCUAGGUUCGCCUAAUGAGCUGUUGAUCCCGAUAGAUCGCAUAUCGUUCAAAUAUAAUGAGGAAGGAUACCGACUUUUGCGCUGUUCGCAGCAUAACGCGCGGAAAAUGAGACCGAUAUCGCAUUUUCUACGCGAGGAUGAACACGCGCUCGGAUGGGGGGUCAAACUGACCCUCCCCCAAAGGUUUUCCCGGAAUGGUUUCCCAACGACGCAGCGUAGCCGCGUCGAAUUUUUCAAAGCCGUAGACAAUUGAAUAGCGGAUCGUCCAACACCGCAAAUUUAGAUGUACCUUGUAA